CAACCGAGUCGUAAUCAGUGCUGGGCCACCCCUUCAUACCCUCUGGGCCACCGAGCUGGCGGCCCAAGGGGAAUCGCAGAGUCCUGAGAAUCUCUCCAGCACCUCUGUGUCAAGACCCUACACUAGACUAUGGAAAUGCCAAGUAAUCAUGAUAUGCUUGUGAUCAUUUGAACUCCAGAAGUAUUUAAGAUAAACUUUAUAUUUCCAAAUGGGGACAAGUAUGAUGGGGACUGUACAAGAACAUCUUCUGGAGUCUUUGAGAGAAAUGGAAUAGGUAUUCAUACCACUCCUAAUGGGAUUGUCUACACAGGAAGCUGGAAAGAUGACAAGAUGAAUGGUUUUGGAAGACUUGAACAUUUUUCAGGAGCAGUAUAUGAAGGACACUUUAAGGACAAUAUGUUUCACGGAUUGGGGACUUAUACAUUCCCAACUGGGGCAAAGUACACUGGAAAUUUCAAUGAAAAUAGGGUGGAAGGUGAAGGACAAUAUACUGAUAUCCAAGGACUAGAAUGGUGUGGUAACUUCCAUUUCAAAGCUGCUCCAGGCCUGAGACUAAAGCUGCACAUGUAGAUGUUCUGCAGUGAUCUUUUAAUGUAGUAAUUCAAGCUUUUAGCUGUAAGGAAAACAACUAAAUCUGUCAUCUGAAAUAACUUCAUACACUACCUACAUAUUAUAAUUUUGCCAAUAAAACCAUCACUCACUUAC